CCGCAGUCCACGCUCAUUGUCCAGUGUGUUUCACUUGAACGAACUGGUCCGGCAAGUUAUUUCUGGGUUGGUGCUCACUGAGCCCCAUAUCGAUCUGCCGGCGUACCUGCUGCACGGACACUGCGUCUAUGCAGGCAAACCUGAAUGUUGUUUUUUCUCACUCCUAGUGAAAGUCCUCAGGCACAGCCAUGAGGUCCUUCGUCGCGUUUUUGAUUUUUCUCUACGGUGUCGGAUUUAUUGGAUGUAGAUUGUGGUCGCCUUGUCCGAGUGGACAGUUUUAUCUGAAUAACCAGUGCGUCCUCUGUCAUCCCACCUGCACCGAGUGCGCCGGGCAUGAGCUGUUUGAAUGUACUACCUGUGGAGUUGACGAAGAUGGACAGGAACGUUUCCGCUACCAAGGUCGCUGUCGGCCACACUGCCCCCGGGGACUCUAUCCUGACAGGGUUCACUAUGCCUGCCUGCCCUGCAUAGCCAAUUGUGAACUCUGCACAGAUGGCAACAUAUGUGCCAAAUGUCAGGAACACUACAAGCUCCAGAAUGGGGUAUGCCAAACGGCAUCCUGUGACAUAGGGCAGGUUCAGGACCCUGAUACAGGAGAGUGCAUUGACUGUGAGAUGGGGUGCAAAACGUGUUCCACAGAGGACCCUGAGAUCUGCAACAGCUGUGUUGAAGGUUACUUUCUUUUCAGACACCGGUGUCGCAGACAUUGCCCCCAGAGCACCUAUGAGGACCGGGGCAGGGGCGUUUGUCUGUUGUGUCCAGCACCAUGCACAGACUGCAGGAAUAACACGCACUGCCUUGCCUGCCAGCCUAGUUACUUCUUCAAUGGAGGUGAUUGUAUUAAACAGUGCCCACAGCAAACCUUCAGUGAUGCCAGUGGGUGGCGCUGUCAGCCUUGCCACAGUUCAUGCCAGACAUGCCAUGGGCCACGUUCAACAGACUGUGACAUUUGUCUUGGUGGGAACUCUCCUCUACACGGACAGUGCCCUCUUGUUAACUGCCCAUUGGGACAGUACUAUGACGGUAAAUAUGGUGAAUGUCACAUGUGUGAUGCAUCCUGUAAAACCUGCUUUGGCCCGCAAGCACUAGAUUGUUCAUCUUGUUUCAAAGGAUAUUUUCUAGACCAGGACAGUAGAUGUGUAGCGCAGUGUUCACCCGGCUCCUAUGCAAACACUGCCACACAGCUGUGUGAGGACUGCUCUCCAAACUGUGAGACCUGUGUGGACACCAGUGAUAACUGCAUCAGUUGUUCCAAAAGCAUCUAUAAACUUUUUCUUCACCAGGGGCGGUGCUGGUCGAAUUGCCCAGAAGGUUUCUUUGAGACGGCACAGGGGUCAUGUGAAGCCUGUGACAGCUCCUGUCUGACAUGUGAUGGAAUCAAAUCUCAGUGUCUGUCCUGUGCCGAUGGCCACUACUUAGAGAGUGGUAUGUGUAGACUUAACUGUUCACUGCGGACAUACCCUGCAGAUGAUGGUACCUGCAGACGCUGCCCCCUCCACUGUGAUGUUUGCUCAGAUGACAGGACCUGUUUCAAAUGCAGUUUUCUCUAUCUGAUGCUGAACGGAGCGUGUAAGGCCAGUUGUCCCAUAGGCUAUUAUGAGGACAUGGAGGAGGGAACCUGUGGUCAGUGCCACCCUACCUGUGGCAGCUGCUCAGGGCCCCUUGCAGAUGACUGUGAGACCUGCUCGACAUUUAGUCCCAAACUUUAUAAAGGUGUUUGCUCCAAAGACUGCCCCACCAGUACUUUCUAUAAAACUGAAGCUAAGGAGUGUCAAGAGUGUCACCAGACUUGUAUGAGCUGCUCCGGCCCAGAUGCAAACCAGUGCACCCAGUGUGAGAAGGGUCUUGUGCUGGAUCCAAACACAUUGUUGUGUGGCGUGACAGGUGACACUGACUGCCCACUGAGGACCUACCUGCACAGCGACCAGUUUACCUGCAUGGGUUGCCACCGGCACUGUUACUCUUGUGAGGGGCCGGGCAAUGAUGAAUGCCUGACCUGUGCCAUCCCUAAAUACCUUCAUAAUAACACCUGUGUGAAUGAAUGUCCAGCUGGUACUUACAUCACAAGGCAGGAUGCUGACGGGACAGAGCUAGGAUACUGUUUGCCUUGUGACCACGCAUGUUCGACCUGUACAGGAGCAUCGCCCAGAGAUUGCAUCACUUGUGCUCCAGGAUACCUGCGUCUCCUUCAACUCUGUGUCACACAUUGUCCAACAGGGUAUUACAGAGAAGGCUCCCACUGUGAAAAAUGUGACCAGUCCUGCCAGCUGUGUACAGGACCAGGACCUGAAUCCUGCCGGGUCUGUUCACCUCCUCUUCUGGAACUUCAAGGCACCAAACUGUGUGUUGAGCGCUGUCCAAAUCGCUUCUAUCAACUAAAUGAUGUCUGCACACAGUGCCAUACAAGUUGUCAGACAUGCACAGGUACAGAUGCCUCGCCUCAGGGCUGUGUGACGUGCGAUUGGGGAAGCACGCUCAGGGACAAUAUCUGCUAUCCACGUUGUGAGGAGGGGCACUACUUUUCAGUAGAGGAAACCUGUGAGCCAUGUGACAGAUCAUGUAGGCAUUGCACUGGCCCCAGGUCCAACCAGUGUCUGACUUGUCACCAGGGCUCUGCUCUCCAUGCUGUGGAGAACCGAUGUGCCCAUUGCUGUCACACUGGAGGGAAUGACACUGACUGCUGCGUUUGUGACAGCCAUUCAGCUCUGUGUGUGGAGGCUCCCCAACCCAAAUCAGGAGACAAAGAGGUAACAGACCUGAAAAUGUCAUCUAGAGCUCUGAAGCACACUUCAGCUGCCUUGCCUAUUGCCCUGCUUCUAGCGCUGGGGUUGGCUCUGGCUGUAUAUGCCUUGGUCAAGGCCCAUGCCAGGAAGAGCCUAUGCUGGUGCCAUAGCUAUGAGAGACUGAGUGGUAGUGCCAGCAUCAACAUGCCGCAUGGUGUGCCUGAGCCAGACAGUGGAGACGAGGUGGACGUGGUGUACACUAGUAGAGGUGGAUCGGUAUAUCGACGCUACAGCUUUAUCCAUGAGCAGGACACAGAUGCAGACCAGGAUGUGGAUGAGAGCACAUGUCUCAGUCAAUCUUAGAUACAUGCAAACCUGAGGUUAAAGUAACUGGAAAAUGUAUUGUGGAUGCUAAAAAUAUCAAGACUGGCUUUAUUUCAAACUAGUUUAGUUAAGGAUUAGAAGAGAAUGCUGUGGUAUAUUUGCUUGUCUUAUGUUACCUCUUGAGUUCUGGUGUUUAUUUUAUUCUACAAAGUGCCUGUAUCUGUAUAAUACACAAUUCUUAGAUAAGGCAUUUGUGAGUAAACAGUGGAAAAAAUAGAUCUAUAUGUGUAUACAACUUUUUUUUUAAACUUGAUAUUAAAGAGAUAUUUGU